UCUUUAAAUAUAUGGGCCAGUAAUAUGUUUCUCAUCAUUUUAUCUAUUACAACACUUUUCACAGAAUGUAAUGGAACUGCAUCAAGUAUCGCACAGACAAAUUGGACAAACGCUUAUUGGCAAUGUAGGACGGAAGGAAAAAUAUUAUCAAAUAUGGGUGCACAUGCGUUAUUUAAUGAAAGUUAUUUUUGGACAGGACAUUAUAUUCGUUUUUCAGAAUGGAUCAAAAUAAUUGGUUGUUUUGAAGAAAGUUCUGUAAACAGUUUUACCAAGAAGUCGUAUCGAAUGCACUUCCCGUCAGCCGGUCGUUGUCAGGAAGUCUGCCUUACAUCCAACUAUUCUGUAUUUGGUGUUCAGGGAAAUAGAUGUGUUUGCUUGGAACAAAUACCUGGACAGGGGAGCAGAGGGGCAAAUGAUUGUUCAUUGUCAUGUCCUGGAAAUUACUCUGCCGAAACCAACAUUAAAUUUGAACAUGAUUGUGGAGGACAUCAGACUUAUAAUCUGUUUAAAUCAGGGUCUAAAAUGGAAAACUCUGCUUCAACAACAAAUGGGUGUUUACUUAUUCAAUGUGGGGUUGACACAAAGUUCAUAGAGCAGAAUUGUGAUACAUUUAGCGCUCAAAUAUGCAAUAAAACGGUUUAUCAUAAAUAUCAUGAUUGGCAGUCAUCGUUAGCAGAAUGUAAAUCAAAGCAUAAUUCUUAUCUUCUUGGAGACGUAAAUCUUACUGACCCUAGGCAAGCAUGCAAUCUCAUCCAAAAACAAUCUCUUGUUCCUUCAUGGAUAGGCAUUGCCAAAGAAUUUUACAUUAGUAUUGAUGGUGGACAAGAUAAAAUUGUACAUGUACAGAGCCCUAAUCCAAGAAGAUGCUUAAAAUGCAACAAUAAAAAUUGUGUGUUUGCUGAAUGCUUUGAAAACAACUACUUUGUGUGCAUGGAGAAAGGACCUCCAAUUAUUUCACAGGAAAAUAUAGAUGAAAGAUUUACCGAAACCUCGUCAAGUAGUUAUAAUACAGACUAUGAAACCACUCAGACAGUUACAUUCCAAAUAAAAAGGAGCUCGGAUAGUUCAUCAAGUCUUAUUGCAGUCCCAGUGUGUCUUAGUCUGCUGCUUUUGUUGGUUUGUGCACUAGCACUCGUAUUUAUUAUCAGAAAGAAGAAAAGUAAAGAUUUAGAUCAAAGAGAACAACCACCUUUAAAUGACUCAGCUGAUUAUUGCAAUGCUGAAAAUCGAACCGACAACGACUAUUGUGAACUACAGCAACCUACAUGUAACCCCACCAAUCAGUCAGCAGACUAUUCUCAACUUCAAUUCGAGAGUACCAGUACUUAUUAUGUCGAUUUUGAUUUAGCUGUACACAAUGCUGUCAUAGAAAGACCUUCGAAUGAAAUUUAUUAUAACAUGUCAUCUGCAGAGUCUGCUUGUAUAAACUUUGGUUUGCAAGUCGAUAAAAAUGAAUGAUCGUUAAUUGAACAUUACCUACCUAUGAUCAAAAGAAUAGUUGUCAGUGUUUGUAUUUAUUUUAUUACCUGUUUUUAUUGUGGGAAAGUUUAACGUAAAUGAUAUUUCAAAAUGCUGUUUUAGUAGACAAACAAUUUUGAACAAGCAGAAAAUCACAAUUAGAUAUGUAUUACAAUUAGAUUCGAUGAAAAAUAAUGACAUGCUGUUUUGGUAGCCCAAUUUGACAUAUAUAGUGUAUAAAAUUGAUAUCCAAA